CUGAAAAGACUGAGCACACACAUGAGUGAGAACAAAGAGGAAGAAGCAAGACAAAGUGCUUGUGUAACAGUUUCAGUACCUUAUCCAAAGGUGGAGCCUUCUGAGAAGCACAGUUCGAAUAUGUUGUGGAUUUAAAAGAACUGCAAGAAUGAAAUUACUGGACUGAAGAGAGCAAAGCCUGGAGUAGAUCAUGGGAGGUGUGACUUUUGUGCCUCCAUCCACGAACCAGACACAACUCAGCAAUGUCACCAAUUCACCACCAGAAUAUAACGAUGUGGAACUUGUGCUGCUUGGUGUCGCCAUGGCUAUUCUUGUCCUAGCAAUAGUUUUUGGUAAUGUGAUGGUGAUUACAGCCAUCCUGCGCUUCCAGAGGCUCCAAACUAUCACCAACCUCUUCAUCGCCUCACUGGCGGUUGCUGACCUCAUCAUGGGGGUGAUUGUGGUCCCUUUUAGCUCCUGUAACAUUCUGCUGAAAAGCUGGAUGUUCGGAAACUUCAUGUGUGACUUCUGGACGGCAACUGAUGUGUUGUGUGUGACAGCCAGCAUAGAAACACUGUGUGUGAUUUCUCUGGACCGCUACCUCGCUAUUACGAGGCCUCUCCGCUAUCCGACACUGCUCACUAGGGCUCGGGCUUUCACGGUGGUGUUUGUAGUUUGGGCAGUGGCCUCGCUCAUCUCCUUCCUGCCCAUCUAUCUCAAAGUCUGGGUGUCAGACAAAAAAUCAGCUGUGGAAUGCUUAUACAGUGAGACCUGCUGUGAAUUCAACACCAGCGCGACAUAUGCAGUCUGUUCCUCCAUUGUGUCCUUCUAUCUGCCGCUGGUGGUGAUGAUUUUUCUUUACACCCGUGUAUUCCAAGAGGCUCAGAAGCAGCUGGAAAAGAUCCGAGGAAGGCAACGGCACUUCUACCACCUACAUAAGUCUGCACCAUUGACUUACCCAGAAGACAGCCCUGCACUGAAUAAACUCAGGACAGGAGCGGAUGGAGAGGACAGACUGAACAUGCAGCAAACUGAGGAUACGGACAACAGGCAAGAGGAGAAGAGAGAAGAAAAUAGAGUGAGGAUGGAAAAAGAAGGCAGGCAAUCUGCUUCAAAGCGUCUCAAGUUCUGUCUUAAAGAGCACAAGGCCGUGAAAACUCUGGGAAUCAUCAUGGGAACUUUCACAUUGUGUUGGCUACCAUUUUUCAUUGUCAACAUUGUCGUAGCGUUUGUAGAUCUCGAUGACUAUAAGGAACUAUUUCGAUUCCUUAACUGGCUAGGUUAUUCCAACUCUGCCUUCAACCCCCUCAUCUACUGCCGCAGUCCUGAUUUCAGGCACGCCUUCCAGGAGAUCCUUCAUUUGAGGGGAAGAAUCUUCGGCUGGAAGGGGGCAUGUGGAUGGUGUAAUGAGAGACACAACUACCCCAAUUCUCCACGGAGGCAGAAUGGGAACUCAGACUUGAACCGUGUCAAGGGGCUGGACACUCAGGAAACAUCAGUGUGGAAAGGAAGUCUGGAGAGCUCAAUUCAAGACAGCUCUCUGACCCUGGCUCUACCAGCGUCAUGCUCAGAGCAGGUUCUAGAUGUAGCUCCUGGUUCCUUGACCAGUUGGGAGGAAAACAGCUCCCGCAGUAGGACUUGUAAGGAAAAUGUUGCUUCUAUUGCUUGACCAAAAACAAUGACAUCAGACCUUAAAUAAAAGGGGUGGUAUCAUGUAAAAUGAACUUCUUUGAGCUUUGCAUAAUAUAUUAAUUUUAUUCCUUAUCAAAAACAUACAUGUAAUGUUGUCUCAAUUCUUUAAAGCAUGUUUGAGAAAUCUUUUAAUCUCAAAUUGCAAUCAUUCAACUGUUCAAAACGCCUGACUGUAUGUAGCUACACCUUCGAUGUCGCAGCUCCUCCUCGGAGUUACAGUUUUCUAGCUUCUGCCUCACAGAGCAUCCCUCUCAUUAGAGUCUGCGCCCUACUGAGCUCCUCCAGACUAGCCAUCACCAAUUAGCAAACACCUGGUGGAACUGUCCAUUUGCUGAGCUUAUUAUGCAAGCUACUUCUCAGUGCAACGCUGGUAAAAAUGUUGCUAAAAGGCUAAUGGAGGAGCACUGUUUGAUGAUUUCCUGAAGGCAAAGUUUCAGAAAGAGUAGGAGUUUUUAAAGAGACAGAGACCCAAUUACAAGGAGUUAAAUCAGGAAAUGAAAUGUUCUUGAAAUCCCAUUUGAUACUUUUGUAACAACUGAAGGUAACAUAGUUGGUUGAUUAUGCAAUAAAAUGGCACUAUAUGCCUGGAAAAUACAUAAUACUGCUCCUUUAAAAAUACAUUUCUGUAUAACAUUAGCUAAUUUGGUUAUCUUUGAUGGACUGAUUGAACUUUCUGGUGCAUAACAUGGCUGGAUAAGAUUAUAUUGUCUCAGUGUUACUGUGGUUUUACUUGAUAUCCAUGCUCUUCUUCUCUAUUGCAGUUUUAUUAAUUGCAUUCAAUAGACUGAAAUACAAAAAUCAGUGAUCUAAGAUUAAUUUAGCAUUCAUACAUUCACCCAAUCAAAAAAUAGGGAAUAUUUUCAUAGAUAAGAUACAAAAUUGUGGCAUGCCAUCGAUUUCUCUGGAUUCUUUUAAGGAGGUGAAUGUGGGAACUAAAUACCUAUAAUAAUGGAAAAUAUUAACAUUGUAACAUUUGAUUCAUAUAAAACAGUCCAUUUGAUCCUAAGUCAAUCUGAAUGGUGUCUUAAAGUAAUCAAUCUGUAAAGAAAAGCUUAAAUUAUUGAAGACUUAAAAACAAGGCUUGAAUUUACAAGAUAAUUUCCAUAUAAUAAAAGAACAUAUAAUUUUAUUAGAAAUUCUAUCCUCCUUUGAUAUAAUGAUGGUACUCAGCUGGGUUUGCAUCCAUCUCUUUGGAGUACUUUGUGGGAUAUUUAAGAUUUUAUCCACAAGUUAGUGUUUUAUUGUAUAAUGUCUGACUGGAAUCUUUACACCAAUUGAAGAUUUUCAGAAAUUGAUCACUUAACAAACCUUAUUGUACAGAUCAACACAAAGUAGGAAAUAUGAAUUGAGCACAACAAAAGAUACAGAUUUUCUUUUUACAAAUUUGAGAAUGUAAAGUGUGGCACUGACCUGUUGUUGCCCAACCUUUAUUCUGAUUCCCCUAAAUAAAAUGUAUGUGUGGAGAAAGGACACAUCUAAAAGCUGCAGAACAUCUUCAGGACUGGAGUUGAACUCUUUUGAUCUAGAAGGUUUUGAUGCAGAUUUUAUUUUUCAAGACUUUUGAAUGCCUUUUAUUUCACCUUCAUUUGUAGACAAUACAUUUUGUGCAUUGCUUUGUGUCGGUUUGUCACCUAUAAAUGCAGAAAAAUGGUUGUGAUGUGAUCAAAUAUGAGAAACUUGAAGGGGUAUUUGAUAAUUUUCCAAGGCACAAAAUAAAAUAUUUUACUAAGCAUACAAGUUUUAAAAAAGAUUGAGUAUCGGAAGUGACACAGUUUUCAAUCAUUUAUUUAGAAAAUAGUACAUUGCAUGUUGGAGAUGAAAGACUGGUUUUCACCGGCAGCUACUGUAUUCCACAAUCUUCAUGUUUCGACUAUCUUAAAGUUUUACAUGAAUGUUGAAGAAGGUACUGGUAUGUGCCUAUUGUUCAGUUGCAAAAAACAACAGAUGAUUGUAACACUGGUUCAUCUGUUAGCAAUUGUAGGAUAACAUCCAAAAAUGGCACAUUUUGGUGAUGUUCAACUUUAUUACUUUAUUAGCUUAGCAAUGUUACUGACAAUGUAGAGUUUUAAGAGCUAUGGAGAAAGUACCUCAUUAUUUUCACAAGUGAAUUCAGGUUACUUCAUUCCAAGUUGUUUAUUGAAAACUGUAAAAAAUGUUCUCCUUUAAAAAUGUGGCAUUUGUUGCCAGUUUUUGCAGAUUAAAUUACACAUAUAUAAGGUAGCGUAAGAAUGUGUUGAGCUAUAGUUUAUCUGUAUAUUCCAUAGCAGACGUGAAUGUUUAGAUAGUUCAAACAGCUUUAGUUAUUGGGAAAGUAAAGAUUUAGACUGUUGUCCGUGUUAACCACAAUGUGUUGAGCUUUCUGUGGUUGAUUAUAAUCACAUUUAUCAUAAUGAUGCAUCAGUAAAUGUUUUUGAUAAAUAUCUGUAUCUGCCUAAGGCCUGGUUGCCCUGAUCAUAUAGUAAGAAAAGUUUAUUUGUCCAGUGAAGUUGUUGCAUUUUUGGGUAAAAGGCUGAAAUGUUAUCAGAUUUGUUUUAACAGUCUUGUUCUGAGUCAUCCAAAUAUUCUUUGGUUUUUAGCCUUUCCAGGAUAAGCAGCACCCCUUAAAAAUCUACUGGAGUCAGAUCACUUUUUCUUAAAUCUUUUCACAAAAAUAAAACUCCAUCCAUUUAAGUUAGCCUAUGUGUCAAAGCUAUGAAUGUAAAAAAAAUCAGUCUUAUCUGUUACAGCUUUACUUCUUUCAAACUGCUCUGACUGCAGAUAUGAGCCAGCUGUUUUUGAAGAGUGAUUUAUGAAGGCCAAUAAAAAUCUGUCUAACUUUAGUGAUAAUGAACGGUGGCUAAAAUAAAUGGGCUUCUGUGUCUUAUAAUAUAAUUAAAACGUUUCAGAGUGAGAAUUUGCUACUGCAACAACAGAUUAAUUAUUUCAUAUUUCACUUUUUUACAGGUAUGAUAAUUAAUGUGGAGGACGGAAUAUGGUUAGUGAUUAACCUUCAUCUCAUAACAUAUUAGUUGUAGACCACAAAGAAGAAAAACACCUGAUUUGCAUUGCUAAUAAGGUUUUUCCACAUCCAGACAAAACGUCCAGAAAAAUCUCUGAACUUUGCUCACUGUGAGGCAGAAAGUCUUACUCCAUGUGGGGGUGGAUAAGAUGAGGGGUUGUGGGAGCUCCACUUAUAAUAAGAUUGUGAAGAACUGCCCCAUUAUUCUGAGUUCCCUCCCGAUAAACCUCAGAGGCAUUUACGGUGGGAUAAUUGUGUAUGAGAUAAACAUCUGAGGCCCUUAACUUGUGACUAUCAGAUGGUUUCUUUUGCUUCCCUGAAUUCAUUUCUGUCAUCACAUAGUCACUGGAUCUAUUGAUUGCCUGUAACGUUCACUUUACAAACACAGUGCUCUGUUUACACAUGUUUAAAUGGUUACACAGAAUAAAAUGAUCUGAGAUGCUCAGUUGAAGCGGAAUGUAAAAACUUGUUUUCUUGUACUUUUUGUAUUGUGUAAGUAUAAUUGGUUGCGUGUUCUACAUUUGAAAGACUUCCUUGUGUAAGGUAAAUAGUUUUCAUAUUUGCAAAUCUUGUUUUCUAAUUUUUUUUAAUUACAGCCAAACAUGCAUUUACCUGUAAAUAUUAAGCACAUAUGUUUGAACAUCUGUCUUAAAGAGACUUUUCCUUUGGUUUUAUAUCCCUAGCUCUCAUCUUACCGAAAUUCAAAUUUAUUCCUGUAUUCUUCAAAGACAAAAAUAAACACUUUACAGAUUUA